UAAUUUAUGCCAUAACCUAACAAAUUGUCAACUGCCUGUUUAUGUUUACAAUUUACAAAGUUAGGUUAUGUUUACUUACUGUUUGUUGUAAAAUUUUAUUUAUUUUCUCCUAAAUAUGUCGCCCCUAAGAAGAGGAGCCUUAAUAGUAAUCGAAGGUGUAGACCGAUCGGGUAAAUCCACCCAAUGUCGUAAACUAGUGCAGUCCCUGAAGGCGCAAAACAUAAAGGCCGAAUUAAUGAACUUCCCGGAUCGUACCACGUUAAUCGGCAAACUUAUCAGCGAAUAUUUACAAAACAAGAAUUGCCGUUUGGACGAUCACGCGAUACAUUUACUAUUCGCGGCCAACAGGUGGGAAAAAGCCGAGGAAAUCAAAAGUCUGAUAAGUGAGGGAACCACUUUGAUUGUUGACAGGUACUCAUAUUCUGGCAUAGCGUUUUCUUCUGCAAAAGGAGUUCCAGGCAUGGACUUAAACUGGUGUAAAGGCCCGGAAAUUGGCUUGCCGAAGCCCGACCAGGUGUUCCUUUUAACCCUUAAUCCCCGAGAAGCAGCGAAAAGGAGCGGUUUUGGCGAGGAGAGGUAUGAAAACGAGGCGAUGCAGAACAGUGUGUCCAAAAGGUUUUCACAACUGUUUAAUGGUGACAGUGAGGACAAUUGGGAGAGUGUGGACGCUUCUGGAACCGUCGAGAUUGUACAGGCGACUUUACUGCAGAAAGUAUUGAGGAAAAUCGGUGAAGUUCAAAAUAAACCUUUGAGUGUCUUGGAGUUUAAUGUAAGUGUUUGAAAUAAUUGUUACACUGUACUUAAGAUUUAUUUAAUUUUAUAACAUAACUUUUAAGAAAUUAUACAAUUUAUUCAA